GUCCCCCUUGCUGAUAGGCUACUUUUAUACGUCAUGCGCAGCAAGCAUUUCUAUUGGCCGACCGCGGAAGAUCAUCAAAUGUCAUUGGCCGGAGGUAAACGUGCUGCAUCCCGGAACUAAAAACUGCAGAGCGGACAAGAGAAGCGUUAUCUGUAUUCUCUCGGUAGGGAAUAGGAAGGGGAUUUCUCCAGUCUAGUAUGGAGGACCUGGAAGAAGAAAAUUUCACCCUAUCAAUAUCAUCUCCCAAGGAUGCUGAAUUUGACUGUGUGGUUGGACACUUGGAGGAUAUCAUAAUGGAUGAUGAGUUUCAAGUACUACAGAGAAAUUUUAUGGAAAAAUAUUACCAAGAAUUUGAAGAUACUGAAGAAAAUAAGCUUAUAUACACACCAAUAUUUAAUGAAUAUAUCAGUUUAGUGGAGAAAUUUAUAGAAGAACAGUUGACGGAGAGGAUUCCAACAUUUAACAUGACCACCUUCAUAUCAUCACUACAAUCUCAUCGUCAGGAAAUGGCUGGGGACAUAUUUGAUAUAUUGCUGACUUUCACAGAUUUCCUGGCUUUCAAGGAAAUGUUCCUUGACUACAAAGCUGAAAAAGAAGGAAAAGGCCUUGACCUGAGCGGUGGAUUAGUGGUGACACCAUUGUUCAGUUCUUCACUAUCUUCAUCAUAGAUAUAAAAAAAAAAAAACCUCUGUGGUCUGUUGUAUUUAUCUACUUUUAUAUCACCAGUAGAGAUUAGCGAACUUAGUGAUUCAGCUCGGCGUUUGCUGACUUUAGCCUGCAUAAAUGAGUUCAGCUUUCAGGUGCUCCGGUGGGCUGAAGACUCUCUCCUAGGACUGUAUCCACCUUUUCCAGCCCACCGGAACACUUGAAAUCUGAACUAAUUUAUGCAGGAUAAAGUCAGCAACCGCCGAGAAGUUCGUGACUAAUCGAAUUUACUGUAACUUCGCUCAUCUCUAAUCACCAGUCACUAUUCUGUGUAUUACCCUUUCAGCUGUUUCCUUAUGCAUUACCAGAAAGCAACUACUGUGAUCAUAUAAGUAUUAAUCACAAUGUAGCCUUACAUGGCAACAUUUUCUAAAUCAUUUUCUUGAAAUGUUUUACCUCUGGAAAUGUUGCACAGUCAAUUCCUGUUGUGUUUGUAUAUAUGUUCAUUUAUAGUGUUAAUGUUAAGUGCAUCCAAUGUACAGGAAUAUUUCUCCAGACUGUACAUUUUUUUAAACUGGCUUGUGAUAUGGGAACAGAUAAUUUUUGGUAAACUGCAUGAGAGUGUAGCUUUGAAACCAUCUGCAUUGUGCAAGAGCACCCAGAAUGGUCAGCUAAACAAGAUAUGACACCUGUUGGUUGUCAUGCUUGCAGUACUUAAAGAAUUUGACUAAAUUCAAUUUGUGUCUAAAAAUCGUUGGUCGGGAUAUAAAACAGGUGUCUCAUAUACAGCCUCCCAAAUCUUGUCUUGUGUAUUGGUAUAUUUAAAAAUGUUUUU